UGGUGCCGUGAUGCCGUCUUUCGCCUCCCCUCUCGAUACCCCCUUCUCCAUUCUGCCCCAAACAGUACUACUUCUUCCAGCCCAGGCCCCGACGGCAUCCAUGGAGCCCGCGCCGCUCUCCUCGCUGCAAGAGGACGGGGAACCCGAAGAAUCGCCCUCCUCUCCCUCUCCCUCCGCCUUCUCCGCCGAUGCUGUGCCACCUCGCCCCGCCACGCAUCGCUCGCUCCACAAGUACGAGCCGCUGGACUGGUCGGCCUACUUCGAUGAGGAGCGCCCCGUCGUCAUCCCUGACACCGAAGACGUUUUCAAUGUGUACAUGGCCGGAUCGGAGGGUCCCGUAGUGUUCUGCCUUCACGGAGGUGGCUACUCGGGGCUUUCAUUUGCACUAGCAGCUAAUCGAAUAAAGGAGAAGUCACACGUUGUUGCUAUGGAUUUACGGGGACAUGGAAAAUCUACAACAAGUGAUGAUUUGGAUUUAUCCAUUGAAACUCUUACCAAUGAUGUGAUAUCUGUUAUACGUACAAUGUACGGAGAUUCAACACCAGCAAUUAUACUUGUUGGGCAUAGCAUGGGAGGUUCGGUGGCUGUACAUGUGGCUGCAAGAAAAGUAUUCCGCAAUCUUCAUGGUCUUGUUGUUGUUGAUGUAGUCGAGGGAACAGCGAUGGCUUCACUGGUUCACAUGCAGAAGAUCUUAGCAAAUCGAGCACAUCACUUCCCCAACAUUGAAAAAGCAAUUGAAUGGAGUGUCAAAGGUGGGUCAUUACGGAAUAUUGAGUCUGCGCGUAUUUCCGUUCCACCGACCUUGAAAUAUGAUGAAUCAAGGGAAUGCUAUACAUACCGUACUCCUCUUGAGAAAACGGAAAAAUACUGGAAAGGAUGGUAUGAAGGUCUUUCAGACAAGUUCUUAUCUUGCCCUGUACAAAAGAUCCUAUUAUUAGCUGGCACCGAUAGAUUGGACAGAGCUUUAACAAUUGGUCAAAUGCAAGGGAAAUUUCAAAUGGUGGUUGUUCGACACACUGGACAUGCCAUACAGGAAGAUGUACCUGAGGAAUUUGCAUCACAUAUAUUGACUUUCAUCUCUCGCAAUAAAAUAGGUCCCAAUGGUGUUGAGAUCCCUGGCCUCGCCAAAACAUGGCAGCAUUAGACAGAAUGCUUAACGGGCAGUUCCAACUGCAAUAUGACAAUUUGUAGGGAAAAGAAGAGGUUACCUACAUGUGCCUGUUCAUCGUAAUAUCCCAUGGAAGAAAAAGUUGCACUUAAUAUGAUCAUGGCUUCAUCGAAGGGGCGAGCAAUUCUUGGUUUUACCGUUUGGUUUCAGCUCAUCCAUGUCCUGAAUUGUUUUAUGAGCAACUUCCGUGCCGUUUGUAAAUAAAGUUCAAAAGUGUUACCCCAUGAACUAGAUGCAUAUGCUGAUAUGCUAUAGAUAUAUUGACAUACAUUCCCACAAGCUGACCUCGAUCAUAUACCUUGAAGGCAGGCUUCGACUUCUGCUGGCCCAAGUUUCUCUUUU